AUGGCUAGCUCUAUCCGGCAAAAGCUCCAUCACAUCCACCUCCCAGGCCCCAUCCCCUACGCAACGGCUGCCCGCCUCCAAGAAACCCUCGUAUCCCGCUUCCUCGCCUCAAAACCGCCAUCCAAUGCUUCCCCACCACCACCACACAUCAUAACCACCGAGUUCACCCCCGUCUACACAUGCGGACGACGAGAAAUCGGCACCGUCUCACAAGAACAACAAACCUACCUCCGCGCCAAUGACCGUGCAGACUUCAUCGAAGCCCUACGUGGCGGACAAACCACAUUCCAUGGCCCAGGCCAACUAGUCGCCUACCCCAUCAUCGACCUUCGCGCACACAAACUCACGCCUAGAAACUACGUUUGCCUGUUGGAGAAAAGCCUAAUAGCUACUUGUGCGAAAUACGGAAUCAAGGCUAUGACUACAGAGCAUACUGGUGUCUGGACGAGCCCCGAUGAUAAGAUUGCGGCCAUUGGGGUGCAUAUGCGACGCAACAUCACGAGUCAUGGUGUUGGGUUGAACGUCAAUACGGAUCUGUGGUGGUUUGAUAGGAUCGUUGCGUGUGGGUUGGAGGGGAAGAGGACGACUAGUUUUGCAAAGGAGGGGGUGAUGGGGAAGAGUGUUGAGGAAGUUGGGAGAAGCUAUGUGGAUGAGAUAGGGGAGAGGUUGAUGGGCGUGGAGGGUGUGGAGAGGCUUGGGGGAGAUGAGAUUGCUGAGUUGUUGGAGAGUUCAAGACGAGGGUGA